AUGUCUGUCCUCGCGUGCUCCUCCACUCGGCCAGCUGCCACGCCGUGCGUGGCUGGGGUCCAACCCCGUGCAAAGCCCAGCCGGGCGGGUCCCAUUACCGCUAGCCUGCGCGUGGUCACCCCCGCAUUCCGCCGUGCCGACAAUGUGCAGCUGCGAUCAGUGCGAUCCAGCGCCGCGCCCCAGGGGCGCACCCUUGGGGCCACUGUGGAGGCCAAGAACGUCGCCCUGCUGGGAGCGGCCGGCGGCAUCGGACAGCCCCUGGCCCUCCUGCUCAAGCUGAACCCCCAGAUCACCGAGCUGCGUCUUUACGAUAUUGCCAAUGUCAAGGGAGUGGCGGCGGACCUUUCCCACAUCAACACCAGCGUCAAGGUGGUGACCAUGGGGUGGCAGAGCGGGGUGUCUGGUCACACGGGCCCUGACGAGCUGGGCGCUGCCCUGACCGGCGCGGACCUGGUCAUCAUCCCCGCCGGCGUGCCACGCAAGCCCGGCAUGACCCGCGACGACCUGUUCAACAUCAAUGCCGGCAUCGUCAAGACGCUGGCGACGGGCGUGGCCCAGCACGCCCCUGGCGCCAUCCUGAACAUCAUCUCCAACCCGGUGAACUCCACCGUGCCCAUCGCGGCCGAGACGCUGAAGGCCGCCGGCGUGUACGACAAGCGCAAGGUGCUGGGCGUGACCACGCUGGAUGUGGUCCGCGCGGAGACCUUUGUCGCGGAGGCCAAGGGCCUGGACGUCGUUGACGUCCAGGUGCCCGUCAUCGGUGGGCACGCCGGCGAGACCAUCCUGCCCCUGCUGUCCCAGGCGGAGGCGGCAGCCCUCACGCAGCGGAUACAGAAUGCGGGCACCGAGGUGGUGGAGGCCAAGGCUGGAGCCGGGUCAGCCACCCUUUCCAUGGCAUAUGCCGCUGCACGCUUUGCGGAGUCUGUGCUGCUGGCGCUGAACGGCGAAAAGGAUGUUGUUGAGUGCACAUUUGUGGAGUCUGACGUCCACCCUGACUUCAAGUUUUUUGCCAGCAAGGUCGUGCUGGGCCCCAAUGGCGUCGAGGACUUCCUGCCGCUCGGCGAGCUCUCACCUGCUGAGCAGGCCGGUCUGGACGGCAUGAACGAGCUGCUGACCAAGAACAUCAAGACUGGCAUCGAGUUUGCGAACAAGGCUUGA